AUGCAAGCCCCAGCAGCAAGACCAGCCAAGGCCAAAGCCAAAGGCAGCGCCCCUGCCCACCCUCAGGCUGGCGCCGCACCGGCUGAAGAUGGCUCGUCGCGAGUGGCUCACACGCUGACCGCAUGCUCACGCUGCCGACAGCGCAAGACACGAUGCGACCCUGGCCUGCCACGCUGCGGGCCCUGCGAGCGAACAAACUCGGUGUGCGAGUACUGGGACCCGGCAAAGGGCAAGAACGUCAACCGCGACUAUGUCAUCUACCUGCAGCAACGUGUGCGACAACUCGAGCUCGAGCUGGACAAGGUCGAAAACGAUGAGGGACACGACGACCCCGAAGUCAUGGUCCGCAGCGGCGCCAGCGUCAAGCUGCAAGAGCACGAUGAGACAAAGUACCUGGGCCCUGCGAGCGGCACUCAGAUCACCCGCCUGGUCAUGCAACUCGCCAAACACUUUACCGACUCCAAGUCCAUCAAGGAGAUUGUCAAUGAGACCAAGGCUCGCCAGGUCAAGGCUCUCUAUGCCGAAGAGGCCACCAAACCCACCUCCAAGAUCUACCCUCUGACCAGUGAUGUUGCCGCCGAAGACUUGCCCAACCGCAGCCUGACCGACCUCCUGAUCCAAUUGUACAACCUCAAAGUUCAGCCCAUGUAUCCCGCUCUCCACGAGCCUUCGUUCGCCAAAGACGUAGAUGUUGUCUACAACGGGAGUCCGGAUCCCUAUCAGAACUACAUAGUUCGAAUGGUCAUUGCCAUCAGUCUGCAAAAGAUGGACACUCAGUACGCCGGUCUUGCUGACAGCUAUUAUCUGGCCGCCCUACAGUACCUCACCCCAGUCAUUCGCCCCAUGAAUCUGAGGACUCUGCAAGCCUUCGCUCUGAUUGCUGAGUACUCAUUGCUUACUCCCACCCGCACCGCCAUCUAUUAUGUCAUGGGUCUUGCUGUCCGUCUUGCGCAAUCUCUGGGCAUUAAUGAAGAGCGCACCAUCACUCGCACUGCCUCUGGAGGAACCGCCAACUAUCUCGAGGUUGACAUGCGUCGCCGCCUCUUUUGGUGCACCUUUGUUAUGGAACUUGGUCUGUCGCAUGCCCUCGGUCGUCCAUCCAUACUUGCAACACAUCAAGACCACAUUGAUGUCGAAUUUUUCGAGGCUGUUAGCGACGAAUACAUUACACCCGAUGGUAUCCUUCCCGGCGCUCCGAGGCCAAAUCUCAAAAAGUGGAUCGCAAUCCACUUCUUCAAAAUGCGUAUGUUGCAACUGGAGAUUCGAAGAAAGCUGUACCAGAAGAAGCGACCUACUCCGAAAGACGACAAGGAUAUUUGGUUCUUGCAAAUGAAUGCCAAACUUGAAUCCUGGCGAGACGCCAGUCCCACCAAGGACGAAGGAAGCGGUCUAAACAAAGUCUGGUUUGUUGGCAGAUACCACACCAUGAUUGUCUUCCUGUACAGGCCGUCUCCGCAAGUGCCCAAGCCAUCUGUCUCGGCUGCCUUGAAGGUCUUUGAAGCUUGCCGCUAUAAUAUAUACCUCCAGCGAGAGCAGAUAACAAUGGGUAAUGUUGAUCUGACGUGGAUUUUCACCCAAGCAAUCUUCAUGGCCAUCAACGCCAUGCUGUGGUCGCUAUCAUUCGCCGAGGUGCGCAAGCAGAAUCCCAGACAGGACGUCCAGAAACAUCUUCAGGUUGCCAUGGAAGCCAUCAGACUUGGCUCAGAACGUUGGCCAGGUGUCUUGUCAGCCAUCGAGCUUUACCAUGAUCUUAUCUCUGCCAUCUUGAAGGCAUAUGACAAAGAUGGCGAUAUUCCUCUCCAAGAAGCUACACCUUCUGACAGCGCUUCCCCC